GAAACGCAUCUCACUGUCAUACUCAAAAUAAGAUCAAUAAACUUCCAUUUCAAGACAGAGAAUCUUACCGGAGUGAUGAAAAAUCCGGCGAGAUUGAACAGUUCAUCCAUCACCUACAACAUGCAAGACACAGAUUUCGUAAUCACCAAAUAAAAGAAGAACUCGCGAGCUUGUUUUUUAGGGAUUACGGAUCUCUUACCAUGGAGAAGUAGUUGACCGAAGGAGAGAGAACUGCGGAUGUGGAAGAUCAAGUCGAUCUUGAACAAGAGAAAUUGAAGUCGUGAAAGAGUGAUGAGGAGGUAGCGGCGUACGAGCUACACGGAGUUACAGCGGAGGGAUUCGCUGAUAAACUUUAUCACCGCUUCGAGGAGGCAAGGAGUGUGACAGUGGCAAUUCAAUGGCGAUUUUUGGAAUGUUCUGCGGAGUAACUCGAGGAAGGAGAAGAAACACUCCCGAUUGUUAUUCUAUAAGCUCAAGGUUGGAUUCAAAUCCUAACAGAACUUCCUCAGCGAUCCUCUCUUUCCUCACCGCUCCAGCCAUCCUCUCCACCGCGCUCGUCUCUUCUCCCGCUUCCUUCAUCCUCGUCCGUUUUUUUGUCGGCUUCUCGCUGGCUAACUUCGUCGCUAAUCAGUACUGGAUGUCAUCUAUGUUCUCUGGUAACGUUGUUGGUCUCGCGAACGGUGUCUCGGCUGGUUGGGCUAACGUUGGUGCAGGUAUCUCUCAGCUCCUUAUGCCUAUUCUCUACACAACCAUCUCUGGAUUCCUCCCACGCGAUGUCUCUUGGCGCGUGUCCUUCGUAUUCCCCGCCGUUUUUCAGGUGAUAACAGCUGUCUUAGUUCUCAUCUACGGACAAGACACUCCCGACGGUAACAAAAACAAGACCAGAACUCUUGUAGUAGAAGAAGGAGAACGUUCUAGUUUUGUCCGAAUACUUUUGGACGGACUUGGAGAUUAUAGAGCGUGGAUUCUAGCGCUGCUGUACGGCUACUCGUUCGGGGUUGAACUCACGACGGACAACAUGAUCGCUGGAUAUUUCUACGAGCGAUUCGGUGUGAAUCUAGAGGCGGCGGGAACGAUCGCGGCGAGUUUCGCGAUAUCGAAUGUCGCAUCGCGACCUGCGGGAGGAAUGGUUUCGGAUUUGCUUGGGAAGAGAUUCGGGAUGAGAGGGAGGUUAUGGGGGCUGUGGAUAGUGCAAUCGAUGGCUGGGUUGUUGUGUGUGUUACUCGGACGAGUUAACUCGCUCUGGGGAUCGAUUGCUGUUAUGUGGGUUUUUUCUAUAUUCGUUCAAGCUGCUUCUGGUCUCAUAUUUGGCGUCGUACCAUUCGUCUCCACUAGAUCUCUUGGAGUGGUGGCGGGAAUGACGGGAAGCGGUGGAACUGUAGGUGCGGUGGUGACACAGCUUUUGUUGUUUUCGGGAAAUAAUGUUAGAAAGGAAAGAAGCAUUUCGCUUAUGGGUGUAAUGACUUUUGUGGCUUCUAUUUCUGUCACAUUUAUUUACUUUCCAAGGUGGGGUGGAAUCUUUUGUGGUCCUUCCGAAUCCUCCGAUGACUUUUCCCAGCGGCUACUUGGAGAAGACGAAGAGGACGAUGAUAAGGUGGUCACUAGUGGUAGACUACGUCCCGUAUGUUGAUUCCCGCAACUACUAGGCGUUUCCACUAAAAAGGAAAGCGUAAUAAACUUGUCAAGUGUAUACAUGUAAUAGCUGAGUUUAUGCAUAUCGAAUUGAUAGAUACUAUAUUCAAGUUUUGGAGAUUGAAUUUGCC